AUGGCUUCCUUACAAAACUCACCUUCAGUUUAUCAUACAUUAUCUCCAAACUCUUUCCCGCAGGUAGGAGGAGUACAAAAGAGUCAUGGAAUGUUGUCUUUCUGUAGAAGAGGCCUUUCUUUACUUGUUAAGGCUGAGCAAUCAUCACCAAAUUCAACUUCUCUUUCUCAAGUUAGAUUUGGGAGACGCAAAUCGAUUGCAGUGAGUGUCAUUGCUCCUUGGGUGUCUAUGGUUCACCGAACUUCUUCAUCAUUUGCUGCAGAAAGUAAAAAGGGAUUUCUUUUAGUCACGGACAAUAAGGAUGGAUACUCGUUUCUCUACCCAUUUGGAUGGCAGGAAGUUGUUAUUGAAGGUCAAGACAAGGUUUUUAAAGAUGUCAUUGAGCCACUAGAAAGUGUCAGCGUGAAUGUGAUCCCUACCGUCAAACAAAAUAUUCACGACUUUGGACCUCCACAACAGGUUGCUGAAACACUGAUCAAAAAGGUUCUGGCCCCUCCUUCACAGAAAACAAAACUAAUCGAGGCAAAAGAGCACGAUGCUGAUGGGAAAACUUAUUACACAUUUGAGUUCGUUGCUAAGGCUCCAAAUUUUACCCGCCAUGCUCUUAGUGCAAUCACUAUUGGCAAUGGUAUGGAAUGUAUAGUUUACUAUUUUACUGAGAAAUGGAUCUUUGAUCUUGCUGCCAGCACCUUCUCCUUUAUUCUUUUCCAUUUUACCUGUCUUUCGCAAGUCUUAGAAGACCAGAAUGCUAGUGGAACUUCAGGUAAAUUUUACACUUUGACUACCGGAUCCAACGAGAGAAGGUGGGAGAAGAUGAAAGAUAAAUUGCAGACGAUCGUUGAUUCCUUUGAAAUUGUCAAUGUUUGA